AUGCAUGACCUCCAGGUGGUUUCAGUGGAAGACCUGAGUGGAGAAAAGUUCCUGGCUUUCUCUGAGGCCCAAGCCCAGGAUGCUGCUAGACUGUUCAGUGUGGAGGCCUCGCUGGUGGUGAGAGACAGCUCUGUAGAGAACAUGACCUGCUCCAUCCUCAACCCCAUCCUGAGUUGGGAGAAAGUGAAGGCCGUUUUCACCCCAGAGUCCUUUUUCCACAGGUCUCUCUAA